AUGAACAGUAACUAUCCCAGGUCAUUGAUAGACAGCAGGGCAGUGGGUGCUCCUAACUACAUGCAGCUGGGUGUACCUCUAGCGCCUGACCCAUCCACUCAUCGCAAUCAGCACCUUCCCCACGGCGACAGCUUAGCACACGUCCCGUUUCUGGUCUACCCCACCAACAUGGAGUCAACCUACUACGACACUUACGGUAGCAUGUUUCCCUACAUGCCCUUCCAUGGACACUUUGGCGUUUAUGACUGUCCCUUUGAGCCAGCCUUCAUCCAAAAGAGGAAUGAGAGGGAGAGGCAGAGGGUUAAGUGUGUGAACGAGGGCUAUGCCAGACUCCGCGACCACCUUCCGGGGCCGCUGUCAGAGAAACGCCUGAGCAAAGUGGAGACGCUGCGGGCCGCCGUCAGGUACAUCAAGUACCUCCAGGACUUACUCAGCCACAACCCGGAGAGCUCUCCGCAGUUAACCGAGGACCCCCAGAAGGACAGAACGUCUCACAAGUCUCCUGUCUCCAAGCAGGACCCCAACAGUGAUGGGGAAUCGAAACAUUCCUCUCCCUACUGUGAGUCGGAGGGAUGGCUUCCCGCCGCCUGCUCGGGCGGUGCAAAAGCGAGCGCAAGUAGUUGGAAAGUAACAUCAGUGGGAAUCGCUGGAGAUUUGGAGCAGGCGUUAUCCCGUCUGCCUUGUGUGGUAGAGGCGCUGCUGCCGUUCAUUGAUAUGCAGGCGCACUACUUCCGCUUAAGGUCGCUCCAGCCAGGAUCUCACUGA